CCCUUCAGCCUCUCCUGCAUCCCAUUGCACCACUACCCAAGCAAAAGAAGAAGCAACUCAUAUACACACGAUCACGAUGGCAUCCAAGGUUGCGCUCUUCAUUGCCAUGAGCCUCCUCUCUGCCGUCGCGGUGCACGGCUGCAGACCAUAUUGCCAGCCACCGGUCGUGGUGCCGACGCCACCCGUCGUCGUCCCGCCACCGUACCAUGGAGGAGGAGGGCAUGGCCAUGGCGGUGGGCAGUGCCCCAUCGACGCCCUCAAGCUGAGGGUGUGCGCCAACGUGCUCGGUGGGCUGGUCGGCCUCAAGGUCGGCGUUCCGACGUACGACGAGUGCUGCCCGCUGCUGAAGGGGCUGGUCGACCUCGACGCCGCCGUCUGCCUCUGCACCGCCGUCAAGGCCAACAUCCUCGGCAUCGUCCACCUCAACGUGCGUGCGGACAUCACCCUCCUCCUGAACCACUGCGGCAAGUCGUGCCCGUCCGAUUUCACUUGCCCAACCCAUUAGCGGACGUACGUACUGCUGCAUGGGCAUCGAAUAAGAGAUUUCCGUACUUCCUUGUUAAUUUCAUGAGGUGUGGAACUGUCCCACUUCCACAUUUGAAUUCUAGUAAUCAUCUACUAUUUUUUUCCUUUUGCAAACAACCAUAUAAGUACACUUCAUAAUUAAUUUGUAUUAAUAAUUUGAUAUA